AUGGCACAAGGGAGGUGGUCGACGAGAUCGUGUCUCGUCUUAUGCCUAUCUCUCGUUUUUGCUUCCUGUUUGCUUGCGCUAGUGGGUGCAAAACCCUCUUCAUCGAGUAAGGGAGGGCUGGACCCUUUUGCUCGGCCGGGAGCAGUGCAGCUUUUUGCAAACAUGAAGAAGGCCCUCGGUCUGCCUCAGCACGCUACUGCGCCUCCCCUCCUCGAAUGCGAAGUGUGCAAGUACUUCAUGGACACGAUUGAUGACAUCCUUGAAAACAACGGCACGAUUGAGGCCAUUGAGGCAGUGGUAGCCGACAUCUGCGUGCUGUUUCAAAUCCAAGUUGCCGAAGUGUGUGAUGGUGUUGCGCGUGAGUUCGGCCCCAUCGUUGUUGAUGUGUUCACCUCGCGUUUCAUCUCGAACGAAGAAGUGUGCGUGCACUUCCUCUUGUGCCCGGAGAGCGCGGCCACCACAAGCCCCAUUACGGUCCAGGAGGAGCGCAGGAGGAGCAAGGUUGUGCACAACGCUAAGAAGGACUGGCGCUACGCUGGAAUGGUGACGGAGGACUCGGAUGAACAGGUGGCUUUGAUCAAGGGACCUCAGACCGGCAAAGUUGACGCGUCUGGCGUUGGUCGGUUCCUUCAGCUGACGGACAUGCACUUCGAUGCGCAGUACAAAGCCGGAACAAACGUACACUGUGACGUCCCGCUCUGCUGUCGCUCUCGGUACGCCUUCCCCCUCGCUUGA